AUGGCUUCCCAUUCUUCCUCUGUCCUCAUCAUUGGGGCUGGCAACUUCGGUGCCGCUACGGCCCUCUCCCUCAUGAAGAAGGGCAACGUCAAGGUGACCCUUGUCGAUACAGCGGCCUACCCGAACCCCAGAGCCGCCUCUCAUGACAUCAACAAGAUCGUCCGGGAUGACUACCCGGACAGGCUCUACAUGCGCAUGCUGGCCAAGGCCAUGCCUCUCUGGCGGCAGGACGAACUCUACAAGACGUGGUAUCACGAGGUGGGCAUGCUGCGGGCCGACUCGACGUCGUUUGGUGAGGAGAGCAUCGCCUCGUACCGCGACAUGGGCGUCGCCAACGACUCGGAGCUGCUGCCCGUGGACGAGGUGCGGCGGCGCUGGAACGGCGCCCUAGCCACGGCCGACUUCAAGGGGGUGGACCACAUCCUGUACAACCCCAGUGUGGGCUUCGCCAGGGCCGACUUGGCGCUUGGCGCGGUGGUGCAGGCGGCAGUUGACCUGGGCGCCGAGUAUGUCGUGGGCGAGGUCAGCACGCUGGAGUUUGGCGACGAGGGCCAGUGUACGGGCGUCAAGCUGCUGAGCGGCGCGACGUUGAGCGCCGACAAGGUGCUGUUGGCCGCGGGCGCCCGGACGGCGUCGCUUCUGGCCCAGAGCGCCCCGGACAGGGUGCAGCUCCACGCCGGCAACAGGCUGUUGGCUACGGGCGCCGUCAGCUUCCACGCAAAGCUGCACGGGGCGCAGAAGGACAAGUUUGCUUCGAUUCCUGUGCUGAAGAACUGCUUGCCGCAGGUCAAAGGCGAGGGCAUGUCAAUGCUCGAUGACGGCACCAUCAAAUUCAACUGCGACCUCUGCUUCACCAACUACCAAAUCUUCCCGCCCACGGGCGAGGCCAUGUCCGUUGUGCCGGACCAGUCCAUGUACAACACGUGGACCGGCCCGCGAUUCCUCAAGUUCUUCGAGGACCGGGCGCGGCGGACGCUCAAUGGCUUGUACGGCAAGGAGGUCGAGAAGAUCAAGAUCGAGGCCUACCGGAUGUGCUGGGACGCAUCUACGCCGACACAUGACUUCCUCAUCUCACCGCACCCGCACGCCAACGGCCUGUACCUGGCGACGGGCGGCUCGUUCCACGGAUGGAAGUUCUUGCCCGUCAUCGGCGACUACGUCGUGGACAUGAUGCAGGGCACCCUGGGCAGCGACUAUGCGGACCGGUGGGCCUGGGACAGGAAGGGCGGCGAUGGGCAGUCGGCGAAUCCCACGUACCAGAUUGUCGGGGACCUGCAGGACUGGACCCGGGGAUGGGCCAACUAG